AUGCCACCAAUUAUCUCUUAUUCAUUAAAAAUGUCAUCGAAAAGAUAUAAAACAAAUAACGAUCAACAUGUUUUAGAAUUUUUAAAAGUAUUAAUAUCAAAAGAUUUCAUGGCCAUCUUUGUGGCAGUGUCUAUUAGGAACACUAUUCUACUCUUCAUUAUUACUACUGCUUGGUAUUAUUUUUAG